GGCAUGAAGCAACAAGCUCCCCUUCCUGUUUGCCUCCAGAGUGCAGCAAAGGGUGUUACAAAGGAUGUCGGGGUGCCUGCAGCAGAGCUGGCUUCAUCACAGUGGUAAAUCUGACAGCAAAACAGUGAUGUCUGCAACCAACCCAGCAACAGCACAACAACAAACACAGCUUCAAGUGCCUUGAAGUGUCAUCCUGAGGCUGCACUGCUGUUUUCCGUGUCAGCAUUGGUUCAGUGCCUGUAGGAAACAUCUCAAAUGGAGUGUGGGAAAUGAUCUGGUGUGCUGGGAGAUGUCUGCUGGCUCAGGCUGGGCUCUCUGGCACUCGAGGCAACCUUGACUUCACCUCACCAUGGGUUGCAGAUACGUGGUGACUGCAGGGAUUUCACUAUGCGAGCAGUUUGCUUUGUUGGUUUUGUUUAUUCUCCUCUUCUUUCUUCGUCUCAGGCUAACAGCAUCGACCUGGGAGGGGGCUGGCAAGCAAGAAAGACAGAUCUGCUUUGGAAACGGAGGUUUGGAAGCGUGUGCUGGAAUGACAGAGCUGCUCCACAGCUCAUCUUGUCUCCUUACUGCAAGGAGGGGGAGGUGGACUCAUUCCCGAUGCUGCACAUUACCUGUGCCACUCUGUUGUUUUUUUGGGGAGAGCAAUGCCCACUGAGCCAGAGUCCGGAGUGGAAACCUGAGCCUCAGAUCCUCGUUUCAUCCUCCUCAGCCCUGCAGCAGCUGCUCUCCCCUUUGCCUGAUGACACAGAGCCGAUAACCCCGGAUACUGAGAGCCCGUCUACAUCCUCACCCUGGGGAGAGAAAAGCCAUGGGGAGUGGAAUGAGCAAGGUGGUCACAGGGCUCUACCUGGGGAACAUCCGCGACUCAGAGGACAGGGACAGCCUGCGGAGGCAUGGCGUCACACACAUCCUUUCCGUGCACAACGGGGCCAAGCCGGUGCUGGAGGACAUGACUUAUCUCUGUAUCUCGGCCUCUGAUUCUUCCAGUCAAAACCUGAUGCAGCACUUUAAGGAGAGCAUCAAGUUCAUCCACGAGUGCCGGCUCCAUGGGGGAGGCUGCCUUGUCCAUUGCCUGGCCGGGGUGUCCCGCAGCACCACCAUCCUGGUGGCAUACCUGAUGACGGUGACAGAGCUGGGCUGGGAGCGCUGCCUGGCCGCCACCAAGGCUGUACGCUCCUAUGCCAGCCCCAACUUCGGCUUCCAGCAGCAGCUGCAGGAAUACGAGCAGACCUUGCUGAAGGAGUACCGUGCCUGGAUCCGUCAUGAUUACGGCAGGAACCCCUUCCAGGACCAGGAGGAGCUGCAGCGCUUGUUGGCCCAACAGGAGCAAAGUGGGAGCAGGGAAGGCUCCUGCAUCGCUCCCCCAGCACCCACCCACCCACUGCCCAGCAGCAGGAGCCCGUGGAUGGACAGAUAGGCAGCAGCUGCUCCCAGAGGGACACUAUCUUUGUGCUUUGCAAAACGUGACAGCUGCCUUGCCCAGCGCCCAUGGGGUGCAGCUGCAGUGGGAUGCAGUGGGGUAAAAGCUGGGGCAGGACCCCACAGCUGCAGUUAUGCAAGGGCUGCUUUGCUGCUGCUUCUCCCCGUCGUAUGGGAAAAAUCAAUUGUUACUGAGAAACAGAGGGGCAGAGCCUCGCUCUGCAUUAAAGCCCUUCUCAGGGUCACCACAAGAGGAUCCAAUCCUUUAUUCAAGCAUUUCUAGGAAGUCCCUUAGUGGAAAUUUCUGGGUAUUGGAGCCUGUGAGUGGGACAAAGCUGGUGUUGAGCUGCCAAGGAAGGGAGGGUUGAUCAAAACCAUGGGGAUAGAGGGAUGGGCUGUAUUAAUCUAUAUAGAAGUGCUGCUGCAGUACCUGGGAAAGCACCCUGGGCAAUUAGUGGGGAAAAGGCCAAUAAGUGCUGAUGAUCAAGGGAGCUGGAGGGAAGUUGAGCAAACCUUGUAGAUAUUGCACUGAAUGCCUCGGUUAUCAUUUUAGGAAGCAGAAAAAUGGAACUCGUGCACAGGAAAAAGAGAAGAAAGUUGGUUUCUGGUGUCAAUAGGAAGUCAUCGCAGAUCUGUGAUAAGCAGAGAUUAGAUGUGCAGUAGGUGUGAUAACCUCAUGCUGCCACUUCAGCACCCAUCUCACGGCCUGCCCUGCCUUGUGGGCAUCCCGGGACUGCAGUGUUUCCCCUAACUCACCCCGGCUUGUAGGAACCACAGGGGAUGCCCCAAGCGAUUACAGCAUCACAACAGCAUCUGCUGCCCAAAGAGCACCUCCUACACUCACAUAGGUGCCACACAGCUGUAUUCCCACAUGACUGUACGUUCUGUCCUUGGUGGAAAGCAGCACAACCUCUCCAGCCCUGCUCCGUGUUUUGCCAACUCCCACAUCACCAAUGUGGGGGGUCAGCAGUGCAACCCUCCCCCCCUCCCCCGUUUGUUUCCUGCUAAAAGUGACCCUCCUCAUCACAUCAGGGUGUGUUUGGCUCUCCCCACAUCUCACGCUGGGCUCUCCCAGCAGCUAUUUGUUACGCAUCAGAGUGAAGGCUUUGCACCUUGCUCGUUAUUUUUAUUACACCACCCGCACAGCUCCAUGCAUUCCCCAUUUCUCAGCAUCACCCGCAUGGGAACGCUUAUGCGUAUUACUUCCAAGAAACGGGCAUGUAAGCGGGAUAAUCCCAGAAAAACCCUCCGAAGCCAAGGCUGCAGCUGAGCUUCGGGCUGUACAGAGAUGCACACCCUUGGCUGGUGUCCACCUGCAGCCCACCACGUUGCCACGGGAUUCCUGGGUGACCACUUCGUGCCACCCGCGGGCAAGGAAAACAAGCGAAGCACCCUGGGUUUGACCGAGCACCACCAGGAGCAGCCUGGGGAUGAAGAAAUAGCGGAAAUGGGAUGAAAUGGGCCGCAGGAGGACGGACGGACGUUGGACACAUGGACAUCUCCCGCCCCCGCGCCACGACGCUGAUUUCCCGGAAAGGCGCGAGCUGCGGAGAAAGCCGCGCGAGCUGAGCGAGCGCGCGCGCCCCCCACUGGCGCGAUCCCUCAUUGGGCAGCCGGAGAGGGGGGCGGGAAGAGGAGGAGGGGGAGGGCUGCCAUUGGCUGAACGGCGCUGGGGGC